AUGGCUGCGACAUCUACUGACAGGUUGCAGUCGCCGGAGACCGUCCGUGACAUUCUCAUCUGGGUCUACGGUCUGAAGCAGGAGCCUCACAAGACUAAUCUGGUGAAUGAGAUUCACGCUAUUUGCGAGAAAUACAAGAUUCAGACGCCGAAGAAGAGGUGGGAACAGUUUGUUGACGAGCUCGCAAUACAAUGCUCGGAGAUUUUGCGCGCGAUCCAAGGAAACCCCUACGGAUAUUGCUACAAUUGCAAACACGACAUCGCCAAAUUUGAAUAUCCUACAGCUCAUAAGGCUGAGUUCUUCCCUUGGUUUAACCACUACCUCAAGUCACUCAACGACAGAAUGACAUUCUUGAGGCAAAAGUGCCGCGAAGGUGGAGAAUGGAGCAACCAGACGUAUACGGUUGAAGGGAACAAGGAGAACAAAAGUGACCUAUACAAGUUUAUGCUAGAUCUCGAUCCCAAGUGUAAGACGGUUGAUUGCACGGCGGCGCGCAAGUGCUCGGAGUGCCCUAUCAAAAUGGGAUUCAAUGAAGGUUGCCUCAAAGCUUCCGGUAAAACCGGCAAGGAUCUCCUAAAGGAAUUGGAUCAACUGCUGACGGAAGGUUCUCCUCUCUUUGUCAUGCUUGCCCUUGAUGAUGCCAAAGAAGGCAAGGGCAUAGGCAACUUGCUAUUGCGUAUGUCUAUGGCUGGUAUUGCCGGAGGCAGUGUGGCGUACAUAGCGACGACAGGUGCGGCCGCCCCUGCCAUGGCCACCAUUGCGGAUACUCUGGCAUCGUUCUUCAACUCGGUACUAUUGCCGCUAUUCUAG